AAUAUUGUGUGUAUUUUGUUGGUUAAUACGGUUAAUUAUACAAUAAUACUCGAGUGUUUUCGGAAAUGUUUAACAUUUUCCGCAAUCGUAUGAACAAAUAAACCAAAACAUAAGAUUCCAUAAGACAAUUCGCAACUGUUGGUGUCAGUUUUGUGAAUGAUAGCGUAGCAAUAAAAUUGUUAAACGAACGAAAUCGGAAGUGUUUACGAUUUAUCUUAAAAUAGAAACAAUAACAACACGGUAACUCAUCAGCACUGUGUGGUCACAGUAAAGAAGUGCCUAAUAGAAAAUCAACCGGACCGAAAAUCAUUUUUGUUUUUUUUUUUGUGAACGAUAAAUUUUCCACACGGCAUACAAUACAUGAACAUAACCUUAAAUUUGAACCAAACAUAAACAUUAUUUCGUGCAAACAUUCCCCGAGUGGAAUUGACCGAGCCAGUGCAUUUACGUUGCGAAAGAGAACCGAACAUUGUACAAUUUCGACUAAAUAAAAUGUAUAAAUAAAUGCAAUCGUAUUGUGAUCGUAUGCAAUCGACACGGUCUGGAGAGACGAAAUCAUUCCAGAUUUAGAUCGGGUUUGGCCUGAGGACUUCUAAAUUUAACAACGAUUUCAACUUUACAUUCAUAUUAUCAUACACACACGACACACAAAAAAAAACUAUUCCGUUGAAACGCGCGCAGAUGAUCCCGAUGGAAACAUACGACACAGACGGAAUUUUUGAACUCAGUCGCAUAUAAUUAUCCCGCUGAUGUGGUUCGGUCGUAAUACAUUCGUAUAUCGGUCGUGUGCGCGUUAAACUUAAUUCAGUGAGAAUUUCGCAAUCAGAAAGAUUUCCGUUUCGACUGAUUUCUUAUUGUUCGGACUCUAAUAGUGUGAACCAAAAAAAAUGUCGGACUCUACGAUUUCUGAGCCGGUCAAAAAGUGUAUCGAACUUUUGAAUACGUCGAAAAGUGACACACAGAAAUUUGCGGCCCUGUUUAUGGUUACGAAGCUAGUUAAGGGGAAGGAUUGUACUACCGCCGCUAAAAAGGCGUUGUUCGAAGCGAUUGGAUUUAAAUUUCUAAAGAAAUUAUUGAAAAGUGAGAAUGUUCCAGACGAUUGUCCGCCAGCGGUCUACAAAAGUGUUGCUCUGUCAAUACUUACCUGUUUCUGUCGCACCGAGGAAUUGGCCACCCACAAGGAAAUGCUCGAAAAUAUUCCAGUUUUCUUGGAUAUCGUACAAACUGCCGAUGACGAAGACUACGACGACAAUUUGAUUAUUGUAAGCGAAGCAUACAGUUGUCUGCAAAGCAUCGCCUCGUUCGAACCAGGCCAAAAGGCCCUCCUCAACGUGGGAGCAAUUGGAACAAUGUCGCAAAUCUAUUCGCAACAAAGCUUCCAAACCGACGAAGCACUGAAUCUGUUAGUUACUCUAGCGAACAAGUUUGGACCGCAAGCUUGGUCGGACGAUGUUAAACCGUUUCAUGCGUUGGUUACCCGAAUUUCGUUGGAUUUAGAAACGGAUCAUACUGAACGAAAGUUUGAACUGUGCCAAAUUCUGACAUCGUUGAUCCACAGUUGCCGACGAGAAAUUAUUGUAAAGACGGUGUCCGAAGAAAUUUGGCCUGAAAGCAUUUACAAGGGUCUGAAUGACAUUUUGAAAAGCAAAAUCGGUAAAAACCAACGUGAUCCAGCACUGAAGUUAGCUGCAUGUGUUGUGGAGCUACUUGGAAUUGAAUGGACCCUGAGUGAUGUCGAAGACCCGAAAAAAUUCUACCUCCUGCUUCUUCAGCUCGCUGCCAUUGAAGUUCGUAUGCAGAUGGACGAGAAAAGUUUCAAGCAAGCAUUUGCCAAUGGCGACCUAAUUACGGCCUGUUUCAUCAUUUUGGAAUUGUCGAUUAACUACAUGGCAACCGACCAAUUAGACUUAGAACAGAAGGAGAAGCAACAAAUUUAUACAGCUCUGAAAGGCGCAUUUAAUGCUGUGAUGUCAGUUUUGACACGAUUAGAUAAGGACAAAUCAAAGGAUUCAUUGGCUGGAAAAGAAAAGGCUUUUGCGUGUGCCAUCGUGCGUGUAAUGAGCGCCUGGUUGGCUCAAGAAACGUCUGCGAUGCGACCAGCUGUCUAUCAGAUUCUACCGUAUAUGCUUCAGCUCGUCAACGAAACCUUUUACUCGGCAAAGAAGUUCCAUACCGAGAAACUUCAAGGCGAACGCCCAUCUGACGUUCUGCGCAUUAUGAUGCCAGCCUUAUGUCACUUGGCUGUGGAGGAGAAGGCUCGUGACGUCUUGUUCAAAGUUAAGCAAGAUGAGGUGUUGUUCGACUCUUUAGAAUUCUACUUUUCGAUUGCACACUACAAAAAACCGCCAAUUCCACGUGCCGAACGUUUGGCUCGAAUGAAUGAACCCGACCCGAUACCAACUGCCGAACAACUUGAAGACAUGAAGGACGCCCGUGCAGCUAUAGUUAGCCUAUGCAACAUUUUCAUGAAUUUGACGGUGCUGGAAGUGAAAAUUGUCGAAGAAAGCGAACUGUUCGAUAAACUAUUGAAAUUCAUAUUCGAAAAUUUGCCAAUAUUAAAAGAUAUUCCCGAAAAUCUGGUGAUGCACGGCCAUCUAGCGAUAUUGGGUCUUCUUCUGCUCAAACAACAAGCGAAAAAAGUGAAGAAAAACGAUUUCACCAUUUGCCGGUACAUCCAGGCCACCAUUCGUUUCCUGUGGGAUGCAUACAUCGUCGACGAAUCGAACGAUCCUACCGCCUUGGUCGUAGCGAUGGCAUACAAAGAACACUGGAACGAAAUCAUGGAACUUUGGUUCUUGGGCAUGCAAACAAUGAGUGGAAUAUUGGCGCCCAUUCCGUGGCUGUCCGAAUUCGCCAUCGAAAGUGGAUGGGCCGAAGGCAUUAUCGAGACGUUGAAAAAAGUGAAAAUUGGCACCUUGCCACCGAACGUUAAAUCAGCUUAUGAGGAUUUUCUAUGUCAAUUGGUAUCGGUAAAUAAUGAUGUUGUUGCCGUACUGAAGAAAGCCGACGCUUUACGAGUGUGUCGAAAUCACCGACUGAUGGAACUUGGCAAACGAUUGUUCGGUGAUUAAGAGCGAUCAGCGAAAGAAAUGACUUUUUUUGUUUAAUUAUAAUGAGAUUGAGUACAUUUACACACACACACACAUUGCUUGGAAACAUAUUUUAACUGAUUUUGUAUUCGUUCUGUUGGAUCAACGUUUUUUUUUUUCUUCUUUUGGAAUAAUCUUUUGUACACAAAAAAUAUUUCAUUUCGUUGAAACUGCUAAAUAAAUGUUUUAAAUG